UUCUUCCGACAAUCAUCAAUCAUGUUUGCUCGGACUUUCCUCGCCACUGUGGCCAUCACGGGCCUUGCGGUCGCAGCACCAGCACCCCAAGCAGCUCCAGCCUAUCCCGCUGCUGCCGGAGUCUAUGCUGAGAACCAGUCCGGCAACGUAGCAGGCUACACCGACGCUGAUGCGCCGUACGCCAGCGAGACACCAUCACCGGUGACCUUCAUCCCCACGAGCUUUGGCGGUGCCUCGCAGGUCUCUGCCAUUCCUACCCGCGCACCAAACGGCACCGAGCCUGGCGCUGCGGACACUCUCCGAAGUGUCCUACCAACCGGACCAACAAGUCACGGUCCAUUCUCAGGCGUCCCGACCACGACGGGUGCAGUCUCGAACUCACCUUUGGCUGCCACCAUUCCAGCUGGUCCACCGAACCCGACCGCCACAUACUACAACACGAACGGUCAGCUACAAGACCAGCAGCCCAUUCCAUACACACCUAAGGGCGGUCUCGGUACCAAUGGAUCUCUCCCACGAUACAUGGUCGAGAGUGACUUCGACUACGAGUCUAUCCAGCUUGGUCUCUACCAGGAAUGGAUCGAGCUUGAUCUCUUCAACAAUGGACUCGCCACGUUCUCCGACGAAGACUUUUUGGCCGCCGGCUUGACCGCCGAGGAUCGAUCAUUGAUCGCAUUCAUGGCUCAGCAAGAGCAAGGCCACGCCACUCUUCUGUCCAACAUGCUCGGCGAGACUGCUGCUCCGCAAUGCACGUACAACUACCCAUAUACCAACGUCCGCGAGUUCGUCGACUUCAACCAGAUCCUCACCCGCUGGGGUGAGUCUGGCGUCUGGGGUUUCAUCAACCACCUCGACUCCCGCGAGGUUGGUCAGCUCCUCGCACAGUCCAUUGCCACCGAGGCCCGUCAGGAGAUGAUCUUCCGCCAAAUGAGUGGUCUACACCCCAUGCCAGUCUGGUUUGAGGCCGGUAUCCCACAGUCGUGGGCUUGGACGUUCCUCGCACCAUACAUCAGCUCUUGCCCUGCGAACACCACCCGCCUGGCAUGGCAGAACUUCCCGGCUUUGCACGUGGUCAACCAAGCGAAUAUCAACCGCAUCUCACCGAACAACACCGGCGACUUCGAGCGCACCGACAACCGCACCUCCAGCCCGGCUACUAUUCCUUCCCAGGGAGAGUCAUGCAUCAACGUCAACACCACCGGCUACAGCUGCGGUCCAGCCAUCGCACACAACCGCUCCGAGCCGCUCAGCUUUGCCGGCAAGCAGGUCCGUCUUCUCUGGGAUACACCCGGUCAAGCCGUUGGUCCCAACAAUUCAUACGUCACCUCGACUGCCGCUGGCACGCCUUCGUUCGUAGCUUGGGUCGGCCAGUUGAACAUGACAUACACUCCUCUCACCGUCACUGGUGCGAACGAGGGUUUCACCUACCAGCCUGCUGGCGAGGUCUACCAGACCCAGGGUGGAUUCGUCAACGAUACCAUGUUCAUCGCUUUGACCGACUCAGACAUGUACCUGACGCCGUUCAACUUGAGCAUGAUCAACCCGCACGUGGUCGCCCUUGGUGUCUACCAGGCUGGUUAGAGUUGUGGUGUAUCGACACGGGAGUACAAAGAAAAGUUUUGACGGCUUUGAGCGAAAAUGUAUAGAUAGGACGACUAAGACAUAAUGAGAUGAGAGACAAUUAAUCACAUCGAUUGUUUCGCAUA